ACUUGGCUCAGCCAGGGAGCACUCGUCGCUCUUUUAAACUCCACGGCACCAGGGAUGAAGUCACCUUUCUUCUUUUAAAACCAACAGAUUUGCCCUGUAAGUCCCUGUCGCUUCUGUUAGGACUUGGUGUUUUUUUCUACUGCCGGUCGCCGGGACCUUCUCUCAGGAGAUUCCAAGAGCUGCACAUACAGAAGAGCUGUUGGAAACAUGGACCUCGGUGAAAAAUGGCCCUUGGAGGAAGGAACCUGGUUGUCUCAUGCUGGAAUUCAUCACUUUGCCAACACCAGAGGGGACAGUGAGUUUGUGGAAGCCUCUCCCGAGCCCUACAGCCCGGAGGAGUUAGGACCCUCUCCUGUUUGUUACCGCUCCGGUAGUCCCACCCCGAUUCUAGAAGACCCCAACUACUUUUUCCCAGAUUUCCAGCUCUAUUCGGGGAGGCGCGAGGCAUCUGCUUUGACGGUGGAGGCAAAAGGUGGCAUCAGGGAAAAAGUUGUUGAGGAUCCUCUGUGCAACUUCCACUCCCCAAACUUCCUGAGGAUCUCAGAGGUGGAAAUGAGAGGUUCCGAGGAUGCGGCAGCUGGAACAGUGUUGCAGCGGCUGAUCCAGGAACAACUGCGGUAUGGUACCCCGACCGAGAACAUGAACUUGCUGGCCAUUCAGCACCAGGCCACAGGGAGUGCAGGACCAGCCCACCCUCCAAACAACUUUUCUUCCACGGAAAACCUCACCCAAGAAGACCCACAAAUGGUCUACCAGUCGGCACGCCAGGAACCGCAGGGUCAAGAACACCAGGUGGACAACACGGUGAUGGAGAAGCAGGUGCGGCCCACACAGCCUCAGCAGAACAAUGAGGAGCUGCCCACUUACGAGGAGGCCAAGGCCCAGUCCCAGUUCUUCAGAGGGCAGCAGCAGCAGCAGCAGCAGCAGCAGCAGCAGCAGCAGGGGGCUAUCGGCCAUGGCUACUACAUGGCUGGGGGCACCAGUCAGAAGGCCCGGACUGAGGGGAGGCCCACGGUGAACCGCGCCAACAGCGGGCAGGCACAUAAGGACGAGGCGCUCAAAGAGCUUAAGCAGGGCCACGUCCGCUCACUCAGUGAGAGAAUCAUGCAGCUGUCCCUGGAGAGGACCGGAGCUAAGCAGCACCUCCCUGGCUCAGGGAGCGGAAAGGGGUUCAAGGCGGGAGGGGGCCCCUCCCCCGCCCAGCCCGCAGGCAAAGCGCUGGACCCCCGGGGUCCUCCGCCUGAGUACCCCUACAAGACCAAGCAGCUGAUGUCCCCGGUCAGCAAGACCCAGGAGCAUGGACUUUUCUACAGUGACCAGCACCCGGGGAUGCUCCACGAGAUGGUCAAGCCAUACCCUGCUCCUCAGCCUGCAAGAACAGAGGUGGCCGUGCUGAGGUACCAGCCGCCCCCGGAGUACGGGGUCACGAGCCGCCCCUGCCAGCUCCCUUUCCCGUCGACAGUGCAGCCGCACAGCCCGAUGUCCUCCCAGAACCCCUCCGCUGGUGGGCCGCUGCACUCCGUGUCCGUGCCGCUCGCGCUGCCCAUGACCCUGGCGGCCCCGCAGCCCCCGCCCGCCGCCUCCCCCAGCCAGCAGCUCGGGCCGGACGCGUUCGCCAUCGUGGAGCGAGCCCAGCAGAUGGUGGAGAUCCUGACCGAGGAGAACCGUGUGCUGCACCAGGAGCUUCAGGGUUACUACGACAAUGCCGACAAGCUCCAUAAGUUUGAAAAAGAGCUUCAGAGGAUUUCAGAAGCCUAUGAGAGCCUGGUCAAGUCUACUACCAAGCGAGAAUCGCUGGACAAGGCAAUGCGAAACAAACUGGAAGGCGAGAUCCGAAGACUUCAUGAUUUCAACAGAGACCUGCGAGAUCGACUGGAGACCGCCAAUAGGCAACUGUCCAGCAGGGACUACGACGGGCACGAAGACAGAGCCGCAGAGGGGCUUUAUGCUUCCCAGAACAAAGAAUUCUUGAAGGAGAAGGAGAAGUUGGAAAUGGAGUUAGCAGCAGUGCGGACCGCGAGUGAGGACCACCGGAGACACAUCGAGAUCCUGGACCAGGCUCUGAGCAACGCCCAGGCCAGGGUCAUCAAGCUGGAGGAGGAGCUACGAGAGAAGCAAGCCUAUGUGGAGAAGGUUGAGAAGCUCCAGCAGGCCCUGAGCCAGCUGCAGUCUGCGUGUGAGAAGCGAGAGCAGAUGGAGCGGAGACUGCGGACCUGGCUGGAGAGAGAGCUGGAUGCGCUGAGAACGCAGCAGAAACAUGGGAACGGCCAGCCAGCCAGCGUGCCGGAGUAUAAUGCCCCAGCCCUCAUGGAACUUGUGAGGGAGAAGGAGGAGCGGAUCCUGGCCCUGGAGGCCGACAUGACCAAGUGGGAACAGAAGUAUCUGGAGGAGAGUACCAUCCGCCACUUCGCCAUGAAUGCCGCAGCCACUGCCGCAGCUGAGAGGGACACCACGAUCAUCAACCACUCGAGGAACGGCAGCUACGGCGAGAGCUCGCUGGAGGUGCACAUCUGGCAGGAGGAGGAGGACGUGGCACAGGCCACCAGGAGGUGUCAGGACAUGGAGUACACUAUUAAAAAUCUCCAUGCCAAAAUCAUAGAGAAGGACGCCAUGAUUAAGGUCCUUCAGCAGCGAUCCCGUAAAGAUGCCGGGAAGACGGACUCCUCGAGCCUGCGGCCUGCCCGCUCCGUGCCGUCCAUUGCUGCGGCCACUGGGAUACACUCCCGCCAGACUUCCCUCACCAGCGGCCAGUUGGCCGAGGAGAAGAAGGAGGAGAAGACCUGGAAGGGGAGCAUAGGGUUGCUGCUGGGGAAGGACCACCCAGAGCACACUUCAACGGCCUCCACCACGGCGCUGUCCCCCGCAGCCUCCACCGCCUCGGCCAGCAGCGCCCAUGCUAAGACGGGCAGCAAGGACAGCAGCACCCAGACGGACAAGAGCGCCGAACUCUUCUGGCCCAGCAUGGCCUCUCUGCCCAACCGUGGCAGGCUGAGCAUCACCCCUUCCAACAGCCCGGUCCUGAAACACCCGGUGGCCAAAGCACCUGCAGAGAAACCAGAGAACCCUCCUGGCCACGGGAAGUCCCCCGACCACAAAGGCCGCGUCAGCAGCUUGCUCCACAAGCCCGAGUUCCCUGACGGAGAGAUGAUGGAAGUCCUCAUCUAACACUGGCGUCCCCGCAGAAUUCUGUAGUGGGACCUUGACGAAUGAGGAACGUGGCCGAGAGGGAGGAGACAGAUCAAGAAAGUUGUGGAUGGGAAACCAGGAAUGAGUUGAACUGAUAAAGAUUUUAAAUUUAGUGAGGACGCUUUUUAUAAAUGUUAAAAAAAAAAAUUCAGAAGACCUACGUGAAGACACUCGUAUGGAUUUGUAUUGCCUAUGGUGGGAGAGAGAAGACACGUGUAGGUCUGGAAACAAGGAAGUCACAGGAAGUGGGAUUUUCAUUGUAUAGAAAAUGUAUCUCUUGGGGGGGGGGGGUCUGUGUUCACCUGCUCUUUGGUUAUAAACAUAUAAACCUGAACGUGGAUCUUCCUUGAAACAGCCCCAUUCUCCUUGCCUCUUAGCAUGUUUGUUUUUAUUAAGAAGAACCUCCUAGAAGUCUCAGAGAGCCCAUCUCGGCAUAAUGUAACAUCACCUGCGCCAUCCAGGGUGUCCUGUGAAUGUGUGUGGGUGUGGCAGUGAGAAGAAGUGUCCUUGGGUGAAGGGAAUUAAGAAGGCGGUUCUCACCUAACUAUCUGCUUGGUUUGGGUUUUCAGGAGAUUCUGGGGCUUCUUAGCUUUUCUGGAUUCUGUUUUGUAAAAAUACAAAACAGGAUGGGAGCAUUAUGAUUUUGGUGCUCAAACUCCCUAACUGCUCUGAGUUCAUCUCUUCCUCUGCUUCAUUCUCUUUCACUUUACUCUUCUUUUCAUUCAUUUUUUUUUUUUUCUUGUUAAUAAGACACAGCAGAAUUCCUUAGGUCUGGGAUUUACGAGAACAGCGUCAUGAUCUCUGUUUAAUAGUGACCAGUGGGACAGAGCCGUAUGCUGGCUGCCUGGCUGCUUUCUCCACUCUGGAGUCUUUGGGCUGCAGCCCUUAAUCUCACUGUGACUGUGAACUAGGUAAGUUUUGAUGAGCCGCAAGAUCCCAUGGUCCUUGUGACACAUCACAUUCAGCUCGAGGCCCUGGCUUUUCUCUCUCACAUCAGCUCCCUUGCAUAGACCUUGCCGUCUCCACCCCAUUGCUCUGUUGGGCUAAGACUUUUCAGGACUGCCCUCCAGGAAAUGGAGGACUCUUGACUUGGUGGCAUCCAGAGUCUCACCAGGCAGCUUGUCCCACUUUCUAGAAUUUGUGGCUCGUGCACAUACUCCCCAUCGUCUCCACCCUCUCGCACCCUUCUGGUUGCUGUUGACGAGCACGUAGAUUUCCGUGGUGACACGUCAGUGAAAACAUGGAAGACGUUCUCUGUCGUGAGCUUGCUUUGUAACCUAACCGGCCAGUAUAUCUACGGUGCGGGCACGUUUUCCGAGGCUUCCUUCUGGGACAAGUUGACCAAAGUAAGACAGAAGCACCAUGUUGAAGAGCCGGGAGUGGGCAAGGUGGUGAGCCUCUGACCCCUGUGUGUGGUGGCAUGUCUGACACAUCUAAGAGGUGCUGGGCAGGAAAGACGAGAAGCUGAUCAGGUUGUCAGAUGCUCUUGCGGGGUCCUGAUAUUUUUCUCCCUCCAGAUCAGCUGGAUCCUUGUAUCCCAGGUCCUUCCCCUUGUGCUCGCUUAAGGGAAGGAAGAAAAAGGGCAUGGGUCUGAGGCUUUCUCAAGUCCCACCUGAACGGAGCCCUGAAGACCACACUGCUCAGGGAGUUUUGCUUGGCUGGCUUAUUUUAGAGCUGGUCUUUCAAGUGCAAGGUGGGUGGUGUCGUAGCCUCCCCAGAUUGAAAUGGCGGAAGGAGGACCCGGGUGCAGACUGGAGAGGCGGAGGGAGGAAAUCUGUGGCCUCGGCCAGAGGGGGCGUAGUGAGUGUGACAUUGCAGCACUGACUCUUCCUGAGCUCUGCUCUGUGCUGGGCUCUGGGCACUGGGUGCUUCCUGCCUCUUGCCUCCUCCUCCUCCUCGAGUCCCGUCCGCCCCGGGAAGCCAGAGUGGUUCUGGGGGCCGAGCAGCCUGCCUAAUGCCCCGGGCUUGUGCAAGUGUGGAUGCGGGCGGGGAUGGGGCACAGGAGGCACCGUCCCAAUCUUUGCUCCCCAUCACUUUUUACCGGUGGUGAAGCUUAGGUGAUUGCAGCUGUUUCUCUUAAGGAUAUUUUGAGCCCCGAUGAAUGUUGGGAACGGACUGGGCAUGAAAGAGUCUGGAGAUAAGAGGGCGAGUCUUCUCUGCCAGCCUCCACUACCCACACCUGGGCGACCCCAAACUUGGGCUGUCUCCCCUAGACAUGGGUAAAAGCGAGAGCCACAGCCCCAGUCUCCCCAAGCCCCAUCUUUCUGUUGCAACACACCCUUUGGCACCUGCGGGCACCAGUCUCGCUUGCCCAGAUCCAGAGUGUUAAUUGUCUAAUACAAACGCAAACAACAUCACUGGUUUUUUUUCAGCGUGCUGUGGUCUCCGUCAGUCUUAUUUCUUCCAACUCGCUAAGACUCCUCCGUAAGAAAAGGAGUCUCUAGCUUUCAGAUGUGGGGCUUUUUUCUUUUCUGGGAGAUUUCCUGCCCCAUCAGGGCCCCCUGAUGCUGGCUUUUUAUGUUUGCAGCUUUCUCGAAGCCUUGCUUGCACAUAGGAGAAAGGGAUUGCAAAUACUGAGCCCCUGCUCUGCGUUCUGCAGUUUACCAUCUUUUAUCUCAUUUGAUUUUCAGAAAAAUAAUGCCAGCUCUGUUUUUUAGUGCUGACUAUAUGCAGGCAGGGUGGUAAGUACCUUUUAACGAGUCUCUGAGCCACCCGGAGAGCCAAAGCUAGUUUCUCCUUAUUUCACAGAGGAGGAAACCAGGGCUCAGGGAGGUUCAGUCCCUCCCCAAAGCCUCACAGUAGUGGCGUCUGAACCAAAGGCCUGAGAGAGGAGCUGUGCUCCAUCACAGGCUGGACUGGGAGUUUUGCUUGGCUGGGUGGCAGCCAUCUUUCAUGUCGCGCCUUGGCCCGCUCUGCCUCGUCUGUGAUGUGCGCGUGCACACACACACACACACACACGCACACACGCACCCCUACACCUGCCACACCUCUUGGGAGCUAAGAAAUAGGACUAGAAGCUCAGAACUCCUAGAAUUGCCCAUAAACACGAGGUACAGAGGGAAGCCUUCAUGUUCUAUCCCAUGCAAGUUUACAAAAUCCAUCUAAAAACGCUUGGCACGUUGUCCAGCGGCCUGGACUUCCCAGUGGUGUCUGAUUAUGGAACUCACGAGUCCUGUCCCGGGGGAGGGUAAAGGCUUUGGCUUUGUGUGAAGACAUGCCAGAGUAAUUCUGCUUCCUCCUGGAAUGGGUUGUCUAGCGGUUUCUGCGUGCUGACCAGGGUAUCAUAUGGAAGAGGUGUUGCUGGGAAUCCAGCAACUCAUUUCAGAGCAAGUGCAUUAGUAUUUUCUUCCCUUGGCUUUUCUUCUGCCUCCCAGAGAUUGGUUGCCAGUGACUGUUGAAUUUGGCCCGUUCCAGGCAGACCUGCAGGACAAGGCUGCCGCGUCUCACGCAGGGCUUUGGUCAGAGGGCAGAGAGCGGUGGGGCCGUUCUCUCUUCAGUCCUUCAGGGUAGCUCUUGGGAACGCAUCGGGCACUUGACUGCACAGGGCUCGGGUCGGAUACCGAGAAAAAGCGUGUUUUCCAAAACCAAAGUCCUGCUCCAGUCUGCACUUGGAGUCGGGGGAGCAUGCUUCUGUGUGCUGCUGCAAAUGAACUUGUACUCCUGAGCGAAGGAGUUCCGUGGCCGUGGUAAGUGGGAACCUGCAGAUAUUCCUAAAUGGUAAAGCCAUCGCCAAGCCAGAGAGUAUCCAGCCCACAGUUGGCUUCCUCAAGCCAGAGGCAGCCAUGGUAGAUGCUUUAUAAAUAUUGCUUUUCUUUUCUUCUUUCUUGCUAAUUAAUCGAUGUGUUUAAAAUGUCUUUAUUCAAUGUGAGGUUCGUUUAAUCAGCUUGCCUCUGAUGCGUGGCUCCGUAGGAGAUGGGUGGAGUCAUUAAGAAGCUUCCAGAAGCUGACCAACUGGGAGCAUGUAAAGGUCAGCAUUUCAGUAAACGGAUUUCUUCUGGAACUAAUGAGCAACUUUCGCUCUUCCUUUCAAGUAGUGUAUCCUUUUCUUAGUAAUUUAAUGAUAUAUGAAGACCUGUGUAUAUGUCAGUGCGAACAUAUGAGGUAUGAGCACAAGGUUGUGCUCGGGUUUCCUUUCUUAAAAUCCGGAAGAUUCAAAUGUUUCAUGUCACCCCUUCCUCAAACGGUGACCCUGUGGGGGACUGUACCUGUCACCGCCCCACUGCUCGAGUGGGAACAGUUUGCGAACGCCUCUGUUAGAACGGCCUUUGGGGCCUAGCACGUUCCUUUAAUUAUCCUUCCAGAGGAGAAAUCUUCAUUCUUUGAGGAUGGAUUUAAGUGUGGAAAUAAUCCCAGUUGAAUAAAUAAAGAUGGGUGAUUAAGGCCACAGCAUUUAAAAAGGAAAUCCCAAAAAUGUUCCUUGGAAUGAGUCUUUGGACUCCUAGUGCCUCUCCAAGUGGCCUCUUCUGAGGAGGACGGUAGUCAUCAGUACGUGUAACUUCUGGUGGGUUUGCUUUUAAAAAUCUUUUCUCUUGCCAUGCCUUGUUAUGCGUUCACAUCUUUGCAUACACGCAGACGGAAGUGCAUAUUCCUUAGUGCUCUGUAAAGCCCAUGUAUACUUAAGUGCAUGUUAUUGUCGUGUUAAGCAAUGACUGGGGUGUUUCUUUGUCAUAAAACUUUGCUUCUUCACAGAAUUAAACUCUUGCUCUCAAUGUAAGGAGGUACAUACACAGCAUUUUCUUGUAUCAGCUCCCAAACUGUUGCUGCCCCAAAUUACAUGUGAUUUUGCCUAGGAUUCUGUUUGCAUCUAGACACCUGCAAGUAUUUAUUACUAACCGGAAUGUGAGCACAUUUAUCCACAGUGGUUUUCUUUGAAUUAAGGUGUUUUCCCCUUUGGUGGAGGGACAGUGGGGCCCCCUCCUCAAGGGGGCACUGGCAGGAUCUGUGUGACAUUCUGUGAAACGAGGGCCGGCACGCACACCGACCUUAGCCAAAACUCGGACGGCCCUAGGGCCGUCACCCUCUCCGCCCGCCACGUACGUGGUUGCUGUGCUUGGUGGCAGAGUGCUCAGUUCCCUCCAGCGGACUCUAGCCUGACAUCUUGGCACCUCACUGGUCUAUAUUGAAGGGGGGGAGGGUACGCAGAGCUGCCCAGCCAGGGGGUCUGUGUAUGGGGGUGGGGGGGGAAGUCCAAGAACACAGUGUGUCCCCCACAGCAAACGUUGACACUGUUGGUCAGCCAAAGAUUUUCCUAUUCUUUGCUGCUUAAACUUGUGCCUUAAUAUUGUAUAUAAUAAAGGGAUAAAAUGGCUCUUCUUUCCCUGGCGCUUGCUCUUUCCUUUCCCAAAAGACUCAUGUACUUGUUGACUUCAGUGUCAUUUCUCUGCUCGGAGGCAGCGUCACCUGCUGUUCUGCUUCCAGAGGCAUCCAGUGCCCCCCCUCGUGGGCCUCGUGCCUCCACAGACACCCGCUCUUGACUCUGAGAAGGAAAUGAGUCAUCCAGACCACUGGAGCUUGCCGUCCGCCCACUCCCAGCUCCUCCAGACAAACCAGGAAAGGGGAAAUGCAGGGAGGCUGGGCCCGGGGAGGCAGUGUGACUUUGAUCACAUCUGAGUGUCCUCCCCUGGGGAUCCUGGGUUCCGAGUCUGUCGGCGACCACGGUCACUCGGAAAAUUAACCCAAACGGCUAAGUCUGGGAUGGAGUCGGAUGCGUCUUUGCACCUCACGACGGAUCUGCCUUGUUUGGGUCUUGGGGUCACAGGAAACGCAAGGGGUCAUAUGGUGACCUGGUGCCAUCCAGGUGGGAGUCAGAGCGGCUGAGGCAGGAGAACUGAAUAAGUGCUGUGAGAGUCCCCACAAGAAGCCCCCUCCCAAGGAGAGAGUGACUCUGGGGACGCUGAUCCAGAGGACCUCUCCUCUGCUUGUCCUCUGGUCAUGCCUCUGCUGGGGAGCCUCUCUCCUCACCCACCCUGGGCCCUCGCAUGGGAGGAACUUCCUGGAAGUGAGCUCAGGGAGGGCAAGGGACACGCCUCUAGUUCCCCAGUGAUGGCUGGUAUGACUGAACGUGCAUCACCUCCUCGGUCCUCACAACAGCCUGAUUAUCCCCACUUGAAAGACGAGGAAACAGACUGAACCUUGAGCAAGUAACGUGCAGAAGAUUGCAGAGCGGGAUUUGAACCCAGGUCCGCCUGACGCAGAGUCCGUGCGCUUGCAGCAAAAGGGGGAGGGGGGUAGGUGAGGGGAGGCGGGAGGGCUCACACACAGCCCCAUCGGCUUGGGGUCUUCCCUGCCCUGCAGAGGGGUUCCCUGCAGGGCCCCCAGAUCUCUGCACACACGAGGAUAGAAACCGUGCAGCCAAGAGGAUAAACUUCGCAGCUCUGUAGCCCCCGUGUGCCUGGGAGGACAGCCUGACGACUGCACCUGAUUUGGGGCUCAGAUUAAGGACCCUUCGAAGCCCGCAUCCACCUCCGCCAUCUCCCCGCCCUGACCAAGUGCCGGCAGCUCACGCGAGGCCCCCCGAAGCUCUGGCCUUUCUCGGCCGCUUGUACGCCGCAGGAGAGACCCCUCCACCCACCAGUUCUAUGUGGCUGCCCCACGCACCAUGGUACCCUGAAGGAACGUCGCCCCUGUCCCGAGAUCCCGGGCUGGGGCCUCCACACACGGGUGGCAGGGGAACGGUGCCUUUUAGAUCGCCCAGGCUCAUCACAAUCAGGAGUUGGCCCCAAAUGAGAAAUGAAUCAGGAACCCUGAAAUUCCUUUCUUAAAAAAAGAGUCUGUAAUGAUGAAAUAAAGGGAGCUUUCUAUCAUUAAACAGUGCUGCUGUUUUGUUGUUUCUGUCACCGUUUUAUCAAGCUUAACCGCGUGUUCCCGCCCGGCAGACGUCCAAUACCGUGCCCAGGUGAGGCUGAGCUCUCUUGACCCUCCAACCUCUUCCCUUCUCUGCUCGGGAGAGGCCCGUCCUGUCUGGUGUGGAUUCUGGUCAAAGGGUGACCCCUCCCAAGGCCCUGAUGCGUAUACAGAGAAUGUAGCUUUCACAGACAACGGCGUCAAGUAAUUUGGAGAAACAUGAUGGGAAUCCUACUCCUCUGGUUGGAAAAUAAGAAUACGUGACUUUACACCAUGAUUGGCUUCACCCCUCUGGGUGAGGGAGAGAAGACCUCACGUUUAUUGAGUUGGCUUUUGAGUAUCACUUAGCCUGAACAGCCCCCAAGGUGGGUGUUCCCAUACAUCGUGACCGGAGUUUCAGACGAGGACGUGGGCUCACCAGAAGCACAGUGCGUGCUUCUUCCCUAGCAUCCGGCCCAGGCCCGCUCGUUUCUACACCCCCAUUCUUCAUAUACUGUAUUGUGUGGCCUUGGACUUUCGUGGCUUUUUAUUUUUAACGUCUGUUUACUUGUUUUUGUUUUCAAUGGCUCUAAAGAGAAUCGGUAGGCACAUGGCUAACUGAAAGAAACAUUUUGGGGGCGUCCGGGUGGCUCAGUUGGUUAAGUAUCCUAGUCUUGAUUUUGGCUCAGGUCAUGAUCCCAAGGGUUGUGGGAUCAAGACCCAUGUUGGGCUCUGCACUGACAGCAUGGAGCCUGCUUGGGAUUCUCUCUCUCUCUCUCUCUCUCUCUCUC